AUGUCCACAUCUACUCCGGCCAGCACUGAGACAGCCACCUUUGCGAAUGGCUGUUUCUGGGGCACUGAAUAUAUUUUUCGCAAGUACUUUGGCGACAAAGGCCUCAUUCACGCCGAAGUAGGCUACAUUGGCGGAAACCACAAGUUUGCAAACCCGAGUUACGAGCAGGUAUGCACCGGUAAGACCGGGCAUGCCGAGGCGUCACUGCUUGCGUUUGAUCCGAGCCGCGUGAGCUACGCAGAAUUGGUCGAGUUUUUCUACCGCACGCACGACCCGACGCAGGCCAACGGUCAAGGACCCGAUAUUGGUACACAGUACCGCAGUGCCCUGUUUCCGCACACACCUGAACAGGAGCAAACUGCAAAGCGCGUCACCGAAGCAGUCCAAGCGCAGCACUUUGACCCGAAAGGCACGCGCAUCGUGACGACAAUUGAACCGCGCCCUGUUUCUGAUUUGUACGUCCUAUUCCUACUAACGCAAAGCUUCAAAGCCGAGCCGUACCACCAAGCCUAUCUGUCGAACAACCCCAGCGGCUAUCACUGCCCGACGCACCGCCUCUGGUGGUGA